CUUCCCUUUCUCUAGGGCUUCUCCUCUUCCCACCACUGCAAGCCCUAAUUCGACUCUCUACUGCAAACUCUCUGUUCCACGUUGACUCUUAAUUCUGACAGCAAGUUCGUCCUCCCAGAUAACUGUGCCCCCAUCAAGUGCCACCCUCGGUCUGUUAAUCGAGCUGUCCUGUCGUCCACCAGCGACUGAGUCCACGGAAAAUUUGCGGCAUCCCUUGGCCAGGCCACGAUGUCUCAGCGCCCGGGCACCCAUGUGCCCGCCGUGCGCGCUGAAGCCGAGAAGGCUCUUGGCAUCACGCAGCGCUCGGCCGCAAUCAAUUUUGCCUGGACUGGCGACAUCCGUAAGCGCUUCACGGAUUUCCUGGUCAAUGAGAUUCGGAAGGAUGGCACCGUCCUUCACCUUCGUGAUUACCCGGAGGAGGAUACACCUCGGCGCCAGCCCGCGCUUGAUCGCAAGGCCUCUACCCCAUCCUCGAAGCCCGAAAAUAAGGCCAAGGUCCACCAUAUCUCGGAAGAAGACCGCAAGAUUGUUGUUGACUUGCUCGGCGAGUCUGCCGCCCAGAGGCUGAUCGAGCUCGACGAAAAUGUCCAAGCCAAGAAGCCGAUGGCUGCGAAGGAGCGGACUGUUGCGUUUGACCCUGUCACUGAUAGAGCGAAGCGUGGUAUCAUCCAUCAGGAAAUCCGGCGCAUCUUCCAAUCCCGCAUUGACACUGCCGCCGAUGCAGCGGGUGUCAUCAGCGCGACCGCGACAAAGUGGUCCAAUAACAGCCGUGCUUCCAACCGCACUUCCAACCGCGGUCCCAACCGCACUUCGGAUCGCACUUCGGACCGUACUGCAGACCGCACUACCGACCGCGCUUCUGACGACCGGGCUGCCAGCCAGAACUGGGGGGCUCGCCGCGACAACAGCCACUACCGCGACCAGGCUCGCGAUUUCUCCGAGCUCGGCGGUGAAUACCUCCACUUUACCCUUUACAAGGAGAACAAGGACACAAUGGAUGCAGUCAAUACCAUCGCCCGCCUUCUCAAGAUCAAGGCGUCCAACUUCGGCUUCGCCGGCACCAAGGAUCGCCGCGCCAGCACUGUCCAACGCAUUAGUGUCUACCGUCAGCGGAUUUCCAACCUGGUCUGGCUCAAUUCGCGUAUUUCCAACGUGAAGGUGGGCGACUUUGAGUACUCCCCGGAGCCACUCCAGCUUGGCCAGCAUGGAGGCAAUGAGUUCGUCAUUACGCUCAAGAAUUGCAUGCCCCUGGGCGGCAGCAACUGCUCCAUUGUCCAGCGCAUGAAGAUGAUCCAGCAGGCCGUCGAAUGCGGGCUUGCCUACCUGAAGCACCACGGUUACAUCAACUACUACGGCCUGCAGCGCUUCGGGACCCACGCCAUUGGCACUCACCUGCUCGGCAUGAAGAUCCUCCAGGGCGAUUAUGAGGGCGUCAUCGAUGACAUUCUCCACGUCGAAGAAGACCUCAUCAAGGAAGUCCUGAGCAACGCCACUCAGCCCUCCGGGCCUGGAAAGGACUCGCAGAACAGCCGGGACGAACACAACCGCGCCCGCGGCAUCACCACGUGGAAGGCGACCAAGAAUGCCGCCCAGGCUCUUGAGUUUCUUCCCAAGCGGUACAGCUCUGAGACUGCCAUCAUUCGCCAUCUGGGUAAGAACCCGAAGGACUUUACUGGAGCCGUCCUGAGCAUCACCCGUGGUAUGCGCAUGAUGUAUGUCCACGCCUAUCAGUCAUACGUCUGGAACUUCGUUGCCACUCGUCGCUGGUCCAAGUACGGGGCCAAGGUCAUUGAGGGCGACCUGGUCUUGGUCGGGGGAACUCGUCGCCGCGAGAGCCAGUCCGAUGACGAGUUCAAUCCGUACGACGACAAUGACGAAGACAACAUCUACGCCCAAGCCCAUGCCCUGACGGCAGCUGAGGUCGCCAGCGGCAAGUACACCAUCUUCGACGUCGUCUUGCCCACUCCGGGCUACGAUGUGACGUACCCUCGAAACGACAUUGGCGAAUACUAUGUCGAGUUCAUGGGCAAGCCCGAAAAUGGCGCCCUCAACCCCUACGAGAUGCGUCGUAAGCAGCGCGAGUUCAGCCUUAGCGGCAACUAUCGCCCCCUCCUAGGGCGUUUGAUCGGCGAUCCCCAAUAUGCCAUCCGCGCAUACCAUGAUGACACUCAGCAGCUGUACCCAACUGAUCUCGACUAUGCUCAUCACAAGAAAAACGCUGAGAAGCUGGCCAAGGCUGCCGCUCGUGCUGAACCCAACGCCGCUGCCGCCGGUGCGGACUCCAUGAUCAGCCGCUGGGCCCACUUCGCCCUGAACCCUACUGCCUACGACGACGCUCUGGCUGCCCAACGCCGUCGCAAGGCCGACCAAGAGCCUCCUUCGCCUAGCGUUCUUGUUACCAAUGAGACUUGGGUCCAGACCGGUGUCAAUGGCGGUGCGAAGCGCGUUAAGCUCGCGCGUCACCAGCAGCAGAUUGAAACUCCGUUGGAUACCGGUGUCUCCGGUGACAAUACUUCCCCCACCGUUGAGGCUCCCGCCGUUGAGGCUCCCGCCGUUCAGGUCAUCCAAGCCGAAGGCCCCGAGGAAGAUGCAGGCCGCCCGGCUUGCCCUGUCGGCAAUGGUGCCACCCUGACGGACAACCCGCGAGACACCACACCCCCUCGUAUCAUCACGGGUGGUCCGAUCCCCAUGAUUUCUCUCCCCAAGGGUGCCAUCCCCACCUCCGGGAUCCGUGGCGUGUCCGACGCCUACUAUGCUUCCACUGGCCAAAUCCCUUACUUCGGGCCUCUGCCGGCUGACUUCAAGUUCGAAUCGAGCCCGGAUGGUCUCGAUGCGCCUCAGGGCCAACAACGUGAGUCCGGCACCAAGCAAUUUGAAGCGUCGGGCUUGAGCCAGCAUUCCGACGGCUCCGUUAAGAUCGCCGGCAAUGAGACGAACGGCGCCGCCGCCACCACGGAGGAUCAGCAGUCACUCCUCCCCGUCCUCUCUGAGACAACCCUCCCUGAAGCACCGGUUACGUGGACCAAGCCCAAGUUACUGAGCACGGUGGACUGGUAUGGUGCCGAUUUGCCCCAGCUCCCUAGUGUCUCUGAAAACACCACGAACGGGCAGAGCGAUGGUACUUCCAUGGCCCUUGUGAAGGUUGAAGAGCCUGACAAUGCUCCUGGCGACACGGAGCUGAUCAACAAUGUCCCUGUCCCCAAACUCCGCACUGCCUCCAAUAAUCCGCUCUCAUCUGUGGGCAACGGCAUCGACGAAAACAGCAUCGACCCCGAGGCCAGCAAGAUUGCUGUGAUCCUCAAGUUCCAGCUGAAGGCUAGCAACUACGCCACCAUUGUCCUCCGCGAGCUCAUGGGCACGACCGCUGAAGAGCGUGCCCUUUGAUCGAGACUCUUCCUGGUGGUUUUCGAGUGUGUUGG